AUGGCGCCGCCCUUUACUCAACCGCACAUUGAACCGUCGCCCAGGCGUAUCCGCAUCUUAUUCGCGGGAACAUACAUCGUUGAUACUCAGCGAUCUAAACUUGUAUGGCUGAAGCCGUAUUACCCCACAUACUUCUUUGAGUCUGCGGAUGUGCCAAUGAGGUACCUCAAGGAGGUAUCCAAGUCUGCGGACGUACAAACGUACGACGUCGUCGUGGGUGAACGCAAGGCCGAGGCAGCGGCUACUGAACACCUUGCCGGUGACCUUGAAGGCCUGAUUGAAAUCAAAUUUGGCGCUAUGGACGCUUGGUUUGAGGAAGAAGAGCAAGUCUUUGUUCAUCCAAAGGACCCGUAUAAGCGUGUUGAUGUACUCCAGUCGUCUCGCCAUGUACGUGUCGAGGUGAACGGUGUCGAAGUUGCCAACACUAGGAAGCCGCGACUGCUUUUCGAGACGAGUCUUCCUGUAAGGACGUAUAUCCCCAAGACGGAUUGCAGAAUGGAUCUGCUCGUUUCAUCGGAUCUGACUACUUCUUGCCCGUACAAGGGCACGGCGAACUACUACAGCGUCAAAACGCCGAGUGGAGAAACGUUCAAGGACAUAGCAUGGUGGUAUCAUGUCCCGCUUCCUGAAUGCGCAGACAUCAAGGGCUUCAUCGCCUUUUAUGACGAAAAGGUGGAUGUCUGGGUUGAUGGAGUACAUCAGAAACGACCCAAUUCUAUCUGGUCCUGA